UAACACGCGGUACGUAUAGUAGCCGAAUACUCCGAGUCCUAAUCCAUCUUCUCUCAGUUUGCCUCGCGGUAUAUAUCCACCGUACCCCUCAUCCACGCACACAUGAUCAUCCAAAUCGAUUCUCUCCUCCACGCUGUUCCGGCGAGAAACCACGAGAUCUCUCCAAUGACGCCGUCCCCAAGGAAUCCAGGCUUCCCGGGCUACCGGCUCGACGGCGCUCCCGGCCACAACGUCGCCGAUGCCUUGCCAUCAACGGCGACCACUCCAAUGGAGGUUGUAAGCGUGAGCACAAUGACGGGCGGCUCGCCGUGUCUGAAAGAACCACGCAGCCGUGGCGACGCGCCGUCUAUGGGCAGCGAGUCGCCGGGUCCGAAAGAAACUGGAAAUGCUGAUCGCGCCUCGCGCGGCAAGCGUGGAAGGGAAAUCCACAACGGCGGCGACCGCGGCGGACACCGUGUGGCGAUCUCUUUCUUGCCGUUAAAGAAGAGAGCGACGAAACAUAGUAGUGGCGGUAGCAGUAGCCACUCCGGCGACUCCUCCUUGUCUCCGAAGAAGAGACGGAUUGACGACUACGCCGGUGUCGAGAGCGAGGACGCCGGAGGCUGCGGGACUCCGGUGCCACGCCACCGCGGCCCACCGUUGGCAACGCCAGGUGCUACAGCGGCUUCACUCGAACCUGCGGUGGAAGGCGACGCCUUGUCCAAGGUUGAGGAGAUGCGCCUGAAGAAGGGGAAGUGGAUAGCCACGGCAGAAACCAGCUCCGUCGCGCCGCAGCCGCAGGUGACGAAGCUCAUGCACGACGGGAUCCGAAGCGGCGCCCUGUUCAACGAGCGCCUCCUCCACCACGCGCCGUCGAACACGCACGCAGAGGAGGCAGUGGCGGCAGCGACGACGACCACCACGGGAAAGAAACAGAGCAAUAACACGGACGCCUUCAGGAGCGGCACGCCGCGCGGUGGCGAAUCCUGCGACAGCGCCGUCUUCGGCGAGGCGCUUCACCGCCGGCUCGCUUCGCUCGGUGCCACGCGCCCGUCGUUCGUCUACCGGAAGCGCCUCAAGAAGAGCGACGUGUGCCCCAACCAGAACCGCCUCCUGGUGUCGUGCAAGGGCGACGUGGAGGGGUGCCCCCUAACCCGGUGCUUCUCGCCCGCUGAGAUGCGGCGCGUGGAGGACAAGUUGGUCGGGCUGACCGUGACCGCGUUUGACCGGCGCGGCGAGGCGCACGCUCUGAAUUGCAAGUUUCUCGGCUCCAACUGCGGCUACCGGUUCAUCUCCAAGUGGAAAAAAUUCCUGGCGCGGAACGGUCUGGAGCUUGACGGCGAGGGGGGGUGGACGCGCAACGUGGAUGUGGAGCUCUGGGCGUUCCGGUCGCGAGCGCUGCCGAGGCAGCCCAGGCUCAACAAGAACGGGAUGAUCACGGACAAGGAGGAGGCCGAUCACUUCCACCCGGACGGCUCGUUUGGGCUGCUUCUGCUGCACGACGAGUGCAGGAGGCGGCGCGUUGAGAGCGAGGAGGACAGAGGGAAGGGCAAGGGGGCGCUGCUGCUGCCGGCGGCCCGGAAGAAGGUCGUGAAACUUGGCAAGCGGAACGCGUCGGCGUCGGCAGCACCGGCGUCCCGGAAGAAGGACAUGAAACUUGACGAGAGGGACGCGUCGUCGUUGGCGGCGGCAGCACCGGCGGUCCGGGAGAAGGACGUGAACCUCGACAAGCGGGACGUGUCGGCGGCGGCGGCGGCGUCGGCGGCACCACCGGUGGCACAGGGCGAGGGGGCGGCGGGGGCGACGAUGUCGAAGGCUGAGAUGGUUGCGGCGUAUGGGGAGGCCAUGUCGCGUGCGGUGAUCGGGAUGCUGAGUCUACGAGGUUCCAUGUUGGGGAGCGGAGCCGGGGAGAGGAUCAAGCGACGAGGACAUGGCGCCUAGGGAGCCGGCGUCCUAGUAAACCAUGCAUUGUUCACGUGUGUUUAGAGAGCAGGAAUUCACGUGCUUACAAAUCGAGAAAGAAUUCUUACGUUCCAAACGAAACAAAAUAAACACAUCAUAAUGGGCUAAAGUAAAGACCGUCAAGAAGAAUUCCGUUUGUUGUCCAUGCGUUGAAAAGAAGCGUUUAUCCAUGUUUUGUUCACAUAUGCAUAUU